AAUCAGCCUUUGCUAUUUAUUUUGCACACGACACCAAUCCCACUUUGCUGUCGUAUUGAAAGUUGGCAGCGGUAGUGGUUUCUAUUAGUUCAUAAAGCAAAGGUGGAUUUACUUUAAAACAUGCCUAAGUGUCCUACUUGCAAUAAGGAAGUAUACUUUGCUGAGAAGGUAACGUCCCUUGGAAAGGAUUGGCACGUGCCUUGUUUAAGAUGCGCGAAAUGCCAGAAGACAUUGUCUCCAGGCUCACAUGCUGAGCACGAGGGAAAACCAUACUGUCAUAAACCUUGCUAUGCGGCAGAAUUUGGACCUGGAGGAUAUGGCCACGGUGGAACCGAGAGUCAUACAUACAGAGAUUGAAGAAGAUCAUUCCAUCAACACAAUUAAAAAUGACAUGCACGACAUAAUAAAACUGUAAUUAUAAUUACAAGUAUGGAUUAUUAAAGAGUAGUAAUAUACUAAUAAA